AUGACACAGUUUACAUGUCGUCAGAGAAGUCUCCACAGCUCUCGAACUGCAGCCAGCCUCAAUUAUCUUAACCUUUCCAACUCGGGUUGCGGCUCAUCUCUUCUUGUCGCUGCCUCUGUUCUACUAUUGACUCUGUCUGUUGCAGCUCCUCCUCCUCCUCCUCCUCCUCCUCCUCCUCUUGUUGCGCAUCACCAUCGAUUUUGCUGGACAAAACCAAAACCCCCCACGUGCUCGUCUUUUGCUCCUUUCGUCAAUCCUCGCGUCCUCGUCCUCGUCCUUGACCUCAUCCUCAUUACCUACUACCUAUCUUUUCCGCUUUCGCAGACUCCUUCUAUGAGCUUCUCUUAUCUUCCUCACCAUAAAACCAACCUUCUCACCGUAUCUACUCUACGUAUCAUUGCAAUACUUGCCUUGUUCUGCAUCCGGCGAAGCCAUCCUCUCAAACCGCUUACAACCAAUCCCUGCAUCGAUCGGUCCGGUCGAAGCGGUCUCAGCGCUCUCGAUUUGUACCGUCUGUACCUUUUUCUCGUGUCGCUGGUACUCCCCCAUAGCCGCCAACAAUCUUUAAUUUCGCUCCAGUCCCCCCCAGCCUCGACCAACGCCAAACCAGACUUGUCCUGGUCUCUGCCCGUCCCAUCAACGACUUGGACCUGGCUCUUUUCCCAACCCAACAUCUCUCCCACAAACAAAACAAAAUCUCACUUUACUUCUAUACGCAUUAAAGUUAUUAACUCCCUGCUGCAUUCUCUCGAUCCCCUUGCGCAGAUUCCACCACCGAUUAUAACACAGAUUCCAGUCAUGGGCAGCUUCACCUUCAAGUGGGAGCAUCCCGCCGACGAGGUCUACGUGACGGGUACAUUCGACAACUGGACCAAGAGCGUUCAGCUCGAGAAGGAGGGCAAUGUUUUCUCCAAGACCGUCGACCUGAAGGAGCCCGAGGGCAAGAUUUACUACAAGCAUCUCGCACCAGUCCCCAACCAAAGCCCCUCCGCCGUUUAUGACGCAAGGCGACCACGAUCGCGACAGUUCUGGAACGGAUUCAUUGUCGACGGUAAUUGGAUCAUCAAUCAAUCAGCUCCCAACGAACCUGAUCUCGAGGGUAACGUCAACAACUUCAUCACUCCCGAUCAACUUAACGCCGAAGCCUCCGGCGCCGCUAUACUCAACACCGUGACUCCUUCGUCUACAACUGCUGCGAUGGCUGCCGAACAACCUAUCGAGAACAAGCCCACAGAGCAGAAGACUCUGGGUGAUGAGGUAACUAGCCAGAAUGUUGCUACUGAUGGCAAUAUACUGACUUCCGAGAAGCCUACCCAAGACGAGAAAUUGCCCCUCGAGACCCCUUCUGACAUUCCUGGUGGCUUCCCCGCUACACCUGCCAACGAGCUCGACAAGGCCAUUGGCAUCAAUCCUCUGCCCGCUUCUGAGGGUGCCGGAAACCCUAUCAAGCUAGAGCCUGGCGAGAAGAUUCCAGAAUCCAUCACCGCUCAAAGCACCGACAAAUACGCCAAGCUCGACAAGGAAUCGUACGAGAAGAGCGACGCUUACCCUGGCAUUGAGACCGAGCUCCCCCCCGUAUCUUCCAACACUAUUCCCGAAUCCAGUCUGCCCAUUAUCGGCGCACAGGAUGUUCUCAUUAACUCCGCUGCUCCCUCAGCUACUACUGUCGGCCUUGCCGCCGAGGUUCCGCUCGAAUCCAACGGUGCUUUCGUCCCCGAGGUUGUAAGAGAGAGCCAGGAGAAGGCUGGCGCUGUUACUGAGGCCAGCACUGAUCCCACGGAGGUCAAGGAAAAGACCAUGGUUGAGGAAGAGCUUAAGGGAACUGUGCCCGAGGCACCUGCUACCUCAGUUGGAACCGCUGGUGUUGGUACCGAGAAGUCUGAGAACACGCCAGACACUAGCCUCGCCGCUCUGGCCGCUACUGCCGGUGGUGCUGUGAUUGCUGCUGGUCUUGCUGCCAAGGAGACAGUGGAGGAGAAGGCCGGCCCUGCGCUGAAUAGCGCUGCUGACGCUAUUACCGAUACCGCCAACAAAAACUUACCCGAUUCCGUCAAAGAACAGCUUCCUGUUGCAGCCCAAGAGACCCUGGCCGCCAAGAACGAGGAGCAUAUUCGACAGGAAGUGUCUCCUGAGGUACCCGCCGAGGUUAAGGAAUCCCUUGUCGAGGCUGGCAAGUCACCUGAAGCAGCUGCUAAUACUGCCGCUGUCGAGGAUAAGAAGGAGGUAGAGAAUGAGCUUCUCAAGCAGGUCAAGCCUGUCACUGGUAUUUAUGACUCUGUUGUUGAGCAACCUAAAGAGGAACCAAAGCAGGUAUCCCCUGAGGUUCCUGUCGAGGUGAAGGACUCCAUUGCGGAGGCUGGCAAGAGUCCCGAAGCUGCUGCCAACACUGAGGCCGUUGAGGAAAAGAAGCUUGUCGAAGCUGAGCUUCUCAAGGAGGUUAAGCCUGCUGCGACCAUCGAUGAGACCCCCAAGGUUGCUCCUGAAGUCCCCACUGAAGUCAAGGAGUCCAUCGUGGAGUCUGGCGAGCGCCCUGAGGCUGCUGCUAGCACAGAAGCUGUCGAGAACAAAAAGGAGGUCGAAGCUCAGCUUCUCAAAGAGGCCCAGCCUAUCCCUGCCGUUGACGAGGUCAAGACUCAGGAGACUGAGCCUGCUGUUCCCGCUGUUACUGCCCCUGCUGCUGCUGCUCCUCUUGAGACAAAGGCUGUGGAAGCCAAGCAUGAUGCUGAGCCUGUGACUAAGCCCGAGGAGCCCAUGACCGAGGCUAAGACAGAAACCCCGGCCGUUGGUAACGGCAGCUCAACACCCGGCAAUGGCACUACAGCAACUGGAAAUGGCGCCAAGGCCACCAUACCAGCCAACGGCAGCAGCUCGACAGCCAGUGGUGAAAAGAAGAAGAAGCACAACCGACUCAGCUCAAUCUUCAGCAAGCUUAAGCACAAGCUUUCCGACAAAUAG